AGGCGACAAGCGACCAUUGGAAGAAUUCUUUUACCACAGACUACAGAUAAGAGAAGAAAAAUGUCCACUCCUCCACCAACCUCUUGUGAGUGGAUGCUCCUGGUUGAACAGAAGAAUAUAAAUGUUCGGGUGACAAGCAUGGAUGCUGAGCUGGAAUUUGCCAUCCUGCCCAGCACCACAGGCAAACAGCUUUUUGAUCAGAUAGUGAAAACUAUUGGGCUGAGGGAAACUUGGUUCUUCGGUCUUCAGUACCAGGACAGCAAAAGCUUCUCUACCUGGCUAAAGCUCAACAAAAGGGUGACUGCUCAAGAUGUGAAGAGAGACAACCCUCUGUUGAUUAAGUUCAGGGCAAAGUUUUACCCUGAGGAUGUUGCAGAGGAACUCAUCCAGGAGGCAACUCAACGUCUCUUCUUUCUGCAGGUAAAAGAGAGCAUCCUAAAUGACGACAUUUACUGUCCACCUGAGUCUGCUGUUCUAUUAGCCUCAUAUGCAGUUCAGGUCAAACAGGGAGACUUCAGGAAAGAUUAUCACGUACCAGGCUACCUAACACGAGAGAAGCUGCUUCCCCAAAGGGUUUUAGAGCAGCACAAACUGAAUAAGAAUCAGUGGGAGGAAAGAAUUCAAGUGUGGCAUCAAGAGCACAAGGGAAUGCUAAGGGAGGAUGCGAUCGUGGAAUACUUGAAGAUAGCCCAGGAUCUUGAGAUGUAUGGGGUCAAUUACUUCAGUAUCAAGAACAAGAAAGGAACUGAGCUGUGGUUGGGAGUGGACGCUCUAGGCCUCAACAUAUAUGACAAAAAGGACAAGCUAACCCCCAAGAUUGGCUUCCCCUGGAGUGAGAUCAGGAACAUUUCCUUCAAUGACAAGAAGUUCGUCAUCAAACCUAUUGACAAGAAAUCUCCGGACUUUGUUUUCUAUGUACCCCGUCUUCGCAUCAACAAACGUAUACUGGCACUGUGUAUGGGGAAUCACGACUUGUACAUGCGCAGACGUAAACCGGACACCAUCGAGGUGCAGCAGAUGAAGGCCCAAGCGAAGGAGGAGAAGAACAAGAGGCAGAUGGAGAGGGCUCUGCUUGAAAGUGAGAAAAAAAAGCGCGAAAAUGCUGAGAAGGAAACCGAGAAGAUUGCUCGUGAAACUAUGGAGCUGAUGGAGAGAUUGCGACAGAUUGAAGAGCAGACAAAGAGAGCUCAAGAUGAGUUGGAGGAGCAGACUCGCAGAGCGCUUGAGUUAGAGAAGGAGAAGGCACUUGCACAGGAGGAAGCUCAGAGCCUGGACAAUGACCACAGGGCCGCAAUGCAGGCUAAAGAGGCUCUGCUACAGCAUCCUCUAUCUGAGAUGAAGAGUCAGGACGAGCUGGCCACUGAGCUGGCAGAGCUUACAACGAAAAUCUCCCAGCUGGAGGAUGCCAAGAAGAAAAAAGACGAGGAGGCAAUGAGAUGGCAGAAAAGGGCGAUGAUGGUUGAAGCUGAUUUAGAGCGGACCAAAGAAGAGCUGAAGUCUAAAAUAAUGGGAAUCCACAUCCAGGAUUCUGUUCACACUCACAUGCAUGAUCACGACGAGACAGAUGAGAGCAGCGCGGAGGCGAGUGCUGAGUUAAUGUCUCCUGGCACUGUACGAGACCGCAGUGAAGAGGAAAGAAUAACAGAGGCCCAGAAGAACCAGAGACUGCAGAAAAAUUUGAAGUUCCUGAGUACUGAGCUUGCUCGAGCUGUGGACGAAAGCAAAAAGACCCCAAAUGACCUGAUCCAUGCUGAGAACGUAAAGGCUGGUCGCGACAAAUACAAGACCCUGCGUCAGAUUCGUCAGGGCAAUACCAAACAGCGCAUUGAUGAAUUUGAGUCCAUGUGA